AUAUUUUGGUAUCUUUUUGAGGGUCAGACGCAAACAGUGAAAUUAAUAACAAAAAUCUGUAAAGUAAAUUUCAGCUGAACCGGGCCGCAGACAUGUCGCUUACUAUGCGAAUUUUCACAGCAUCGCGCAAUGGUCAGCGCAUGUUUGGCACCAAUGGCGCUCGCUUGUUCGCCGCCAACCGGACCGAACCCAAAGACAUUGUUGAAGUGGCCAAGGGCUAUGUUUAUGUGAACAACAAGGAACUGAGCAUGGAGAUGGAGGACAUCACCGACCGGGCGGCCACAACUAUGUUCUUUGGCGAGCUCUUCCGCGGCUUUGGCGUCACACUGGCCCACAUCUUCAAGGAGCCGGCCACCAUCAACUAUCCGUUCGAGAAGGGGCCGCUGAGUCCUCGCUUCCGUGGCGAGCACGCCCUGCGUCGCUAUCCCAGCGGCGAGGAGCGUUGCAUCGCCUGCAAGCUGUGCGAGGCCAUCUGCCCCGCCCAGGCCAUUACCAUUGAGGCCGAGGAGCGUGCGGAUGGCAGCAGACGUACAACGCGCUACGACAUCGACAUGACCAAGUGCAUCUACUGUGGCUUCUGUCAGGAGGCAUGCCCAGUGGAUGCCAUUGUCGAGGGACCCAAUUUCGAAUUCUCCACAGAGACGCACGAGGAGCUGCUGUACAACAAGGAGAAGCUGCUCUGCAACGGCGACAAAUGGGAGUCUGAGAUUGCGUCCAAUCUGCAGGCGGAUCAUCUCUAUCGUUAAUGUUGGCUGUACAUAUUAGAAUCCUUUGUUUAGAACGAUUUUCCAAUUAAAAUAUCGUUGCCGUGGCUGCGUCUCAAUA